AUGGCACUUGCUAACGCAAUCCGGAGAACAGUUUCACGAGUUGUACCUUUGACCAUCCGGGCUUCAUCUGGAAGUCAAAGGUACCACCACCACUGCUCUGCCCUCUUUGACGCUGUCCAAACGCAUGGCGAUCUCUCUCGAAAGUUGAUCCCGAGGUCGUUUUCGGUUUCCAUUAAUCACUAUUCCACUAAAAGGCCGAGUUCCGAUGAGUCACUCCUCCGAGUCAUCGAGUCCGAGAUUCAAUGUGCCCAGGAGUCCGAGGAUAAUGAUGAGGUUGUGGAGGUGCCCAAGGGUUUUCCUUUUGCAAUUGAAGACCAUCCCGGACAACAAACCAUAACUCUAACUAGAGAAUAUCAGGGUGAAACUAUCAGUGUCGAAGUUCACAUGCCUGACCUUGUAACUGGUGAGGAGAACGAUGAUGACAAUGACAAUAACGAUGAAGAAAGAGGCCCUCAAUCGAGUAUACCACUUGUUGUCAGAGUUUCCAAGAAGAAUGGACCCUGUUUAGAGUUUGGAUGUACGGCUUACCCAGAUGAGAUUGCAAUCGACAGCUUGUCUGUUAAGGAACCCGAAAGCUCGGAAGAUCAAAUAGCAUACGAAGGACCUGAUUUCACGGACUUGGAUGAAAAUCUGCAGAAGGCUUUUCACAAGUAUCUAGAGAUAAGAGGAAUCAAGCCCAGCACAACCAAUUUCUUGCAUGAGUACAUGAUUGGCAAAGACAGCAAAGAAUAUGUUACUUGGCUAAAGAACCUCAAAAAGUUCGUUGAGGCAUGA